AUGGCGAGUUCUCUGCUGACAGAAGACCAGCUUCUGUGCUCCAUCUGUCUGGAUGUCUUCACUCUUCCAGUCACGUUACCAUGUGGACACAACUUCUGCAGGAAAUGCAUCUCACACCAUUGGGAUGUUAACGUCCCGUGUCACUGCCCGAUGUGUAAAGAGAGAUUUGAUGCAAGACCUAAUCUGCGGACCAACAUCUUCAUCUCGGAGAUGGCAGCUCGUUUCAGACAAUCAGCGGGAGCAGUGGGCAGCCACUGUGCGGCGCCCAGGGACCAGAUCUAUGCUAAUGUCCGGCCAAUGGCACUGACUGAAGAACCAAACAUGUGGAGGGAAACUGGAGCACCUGGAGGAAGCCCACGCAGACCCGGGGAGAACAUGCAAACUCCACACAGAAAGGCCGGGACGACGAGCUGUGAGGCCACAGGGCGAUCCACCAGGCCACUGUGCCGCCCAAAGCCACAAGUUGCCAAACUAGGAGACGUUUCCUGCGAUGAAUGCAGUGGAAUCAAACUGAAAGCCCUGAAGUCCUGCCUGGCGUGUCUGACGUCCUACUGUGAGACUCACCUGAAGCCUCAUCUGACCUCGUUGGGCCUGAAAAGGCACCAGCUGGUGGACCCGGUGAAAAACCUGGAAGACAGGAUGUGUCCGACGCACGAUAAACCGCUGGAGCUGUUCUGCAGGACGGACCACACGAGUGUCUGCGUGCUCUGCACGGUUUUAGACCACAAGUCCCACAUGUUUGUUCCUCUGAAAGACGAGCAUGGAAUGAGGAAGGCCAUGCUGGAGAAGACAGAAGGCAAAAUGUGCCAGAUGAUCCAGGAGAGGCGGCGGAAGAUUCAGGAGGUGACCCUGUCAGCAAAGCUUAACAGGGAAGCUGCAGACAGAGGGAUGGCAGGCGGGGUUCAGGUCUUCACUGAUCUGAUGCAGUUUCUUGAAGGAGGUCUCACCGAACUCAUCGAGACGAUUGAAGAGAAGCUGAAAGCAAUGGAGCGAAAGGCUGGAGGCGUCAUCACAGAGCUCGAACAGGAAAUCAAUGUGCUGACGAAGAGACGCACUGAGGUGGAGCAGCUCUCCUGCUCAGACGACCACUUUCAUCUUGUCCAAGGUUUCUCGGCCCUGAACACCGCUCCACCCACGAAGGACUGGACCGAGGUCAGUGUCUGUCAGCCGUUAUAUGAGGAGCUGGUGAGGAGAGCUGUGGUGGGAGCCGUGGACAGGUUGCAGGAGACGUUCAGAAAAGAGAAAAAGAAGCUGCUCGAGGCCGAGCUGAAGAGGGUCCAGAAGUACGAAGUGGAAGUGACUCUGGAUCCUCAAACAGCAAGUCCCUGGCUCAUCCUGUCCGGCGACGUCAAACAAGUCAGUCUUGGAGACACGAAGAAGACUCUCCCAGACAAGCCUGAGAGAUUCUACCCGGGCGGGGGAGUCUUAGGAAAGCAGAGUUUCUCCUCAGGAAGAUUUUACUAUGAGGUCCGGGUGAAGGAGAAGACAAAGUGGGACUUCGGUGUGGUCAAAGAGUCCAUCAACAGGAAGGGGAAGAUCACCAAGAGCCAUGACAGUGGGUUCUGGAUACUGAGCGCGAGGAAGGGAAAUGAGUACAAAGCUCGUGGCGGCCACGACGUUCCCCUCAGUCCGACGAGGCGUCCUGAGAGGGUCGGGGUGUUUGUGGACUAUGAGGAAGGUCUGGUCUCCUUCUAUGAUGCCAAUGUUGCAGAUCUGAUCUUCUCCUUUACGGACUGCCGCUUCACUGAGAGACUCUACCCGUUCUUCAGGCCCAGCCACACCAGAGUAGACUCCGCCCCUCUUAUCAUCUCUCCUGUCAAUCACACUAAUUAGAUCCAAUCGUUCAGUGUCUCUUCAUCUUUAUCUUCCUUUCAUCUGGUUUUUGUCCCCUUAUGUCACUCCCUGAUCAGCUGAUGUGUGCUGCACAUGAUUCAUAUGAUCUGUCACUACCCAGAACCACCUAACAAGCCAACCCGUUCUCACUCUUGACCAUGGGCAAGAGCCGUCGGCGUCCGUUUGUAACGCAGUGGGGGAAGCCCUUACCUUUAGCAUUCAAAACUGAUGCUAAGUGUAGGAUUAUAUUUAACAGAAAAGUCAGAGUAAGGAGGUGGUUGGGGUGGAUGGAGGGUCAGAACCCCAACUUUCAACCAGGAGACCGGGGUUGGUUUCUCGUGUGAAACUAAAAGU